GAACAUCUGUUGAUGUUAUAGAGAUUGUCAAGAAAAAUCUUACUUUUACAGAAGGUGCACAUUUUCUUUGUAAAAUACUAAAAAAAAUAGGAUUCAAACUUGCUGUAAUUUCUGGAGGAUUUAUUCCACUGGCAAAUUAUGUAAAAAGUGAACUUGGAUUAGAUUAUGCUUUUGCAAACGAGUUAAAAGUAUCACCUGAUGGUUUAACGUUGACUGGUGAAACAAUUGGGCCGAUAAUUGAUGGGCAACGUAAGGCAGAAUUAUUGGAAGUGAUAGCUCAAGCUGAAGGCGUUGCGUUGAAUCAAGUUAUUGCUAUUGGUGAUGGUGCAAAUGACUUAUGGAUGUUGUCUAAAGCUGGUUUAGGUAUUGCAUUUAAUGCAAAACCACGAGUUCAAGAAAAGGCUAGUACUAGAAUCAAUCAAAGAAGUUUAAAGUAUGUGCUAUAUUUAUUAGGAUAUACAGAUGAAGAUGCCAAACAAUUGUAUUCCACUGAUAAUUGA